AUGUCCCAGCAGAGGGAGACCUUGUGCUGCAGAGCUGCCGAGGAAGCUGAUUCAUCCAGAUGUGAAGCAGAGAGGAGGCGGGCUCAGGUUGAAACACAGGCACAGCAGUCCAGGGAGGAGAAAGGCCUGCUAGUGGCUGAGAAUGGCAAGCUAAAAGAGGAAAUCCAGCCGCUGAAGAGCAGGUUAACCGAUGUGCAGCAGGUUUUAGCCCAGGUGGAAAAGAAUUACUUUGAAAGUAAGAUCAAGUUAGAGAGGAUAACCGUGGAAAAGCAAGUACUACUGGAAGAAAAUCGAGACUUGGAACGGGAAGGAAAUGAACUCAGGCACAAACUGAAGGAAUUAACUGAAGAGUCCUCAAAACUUAGAGAGAAGGAGGUGAGCUCCAGGCGCAGGGCUCUGGCAGCUGAAGAGCUCUCAGAGAAGUCCACCAAGGCACAGCGUGAAGUAGAGCGGGAGAAGAGACUGGCUGAACACGAGAGACAGGAGAUGGCUAACGAGAGAGACACGUGGAGACGUAAGCACGACGCCCUGGCAGAUAUCCUCAGCUCUCAGGAGGAGGAGAAGUCCAAAAGACAAAAUAAAGCGUGCCAAGCUAAUAUCAAGAGCUAUUUCUUAUGCGUCACUGAAAAUGGCCAGAGAGUUCGAAUUCUGAAAAAUGAAGAUGGGACUCUUAGAAGCUUUCUGGAAGGAGAGCCGGUGUAUCUGUCCACACCUGGCACAGAACCUGAAGAGCCAGAAAGGUAACUGGAAUAAAUGUAUUUGGAAAUAGGUGGCAAAUAUAAACCACAGGGUGUGAUCACUUUAAUAGGAUGUAGAACAUCCUCCCUCUCGCACCACUCCUGCACAUUGUUCCAGACAAUACAAAUUGCUCUCUCUCUUGGUGUCUUUCAAAUAUUACCAUCCACUAUCUGUCAGCAGUCAUUGUAUUACCUCCCGUUAAUCCAUCAAUUGCAAAGGUAAUUUCCUUGCAUUACACAACAGAUUUGAAUUUCCUAGUUGCAGUUGGAAAUAUAAGUGCACACAAUGGGUACCUACUAUCUCCCCCUUCUGAUUCAUGGAAAUCCUUGCUUGGUCACAUGUAACUGAUCAGGGCCUUAUAUAUUUCAUAUAAUUAAGUGUCCUGUGGUUCAGCUCAUUUGCAUAAUAUUGUGCUGUCUAUUUCACAAAGUAGCAAUGUUGGAAAGUGUCCAGAUAGGUAAUGACAAGGUUUUCAAAGAGCAAGUUGUACCUUAUUUUCAUCUUUUAUACUGCAUUUUUUCAUGCUAGUGAUUGAACUGUUACUAGUGUCUAGAAUGCUGUCUGACCCACAUUGAUUUGUUUUUAAUGUAGACACAAGUAGAAAAAAAAAGCACACAUUUCUACGAUUAUAAAAACAUAUCUGCAGAUUAGCCCAUUUUAAUUCUCUAAAAGGUUUUUAAAAAUAACUUUUUUUCCGUUACGAAAGAGGCCAUCAGCAAAACAAAAACACAUCACUAUGGAUACAUGACAAGGCUGGAAACUCUUCCCAUUGUUUUAACAUGUCUAUUUUAAGCCUGCCAGUGGUAAUGGAAUACCAAUUACUACAUUCCUUGCAACACGAACCAGAGUAUUCCAAAGCCUUUUAGUUGACUGUGGUUGAAUUUAUUUGCACUGCAUCAUUUUGUGAAAGUAUGUAAUGCUGCCUGCACAAUUUUUCAAAUACAAUUAAUAUUAACAUGUAUUUUUAAAGUUUUGAAGCAUUAAACUACACACAUCUGAGUAGAAAAAUACAUAUAUUUAUCACAUUUUCCAUAUGCUGAGAAAAACCUGUUAGUGACAUGACUAGUUAAAGCUCCAAAAGGAAAUUUAAGGGAUAUAAAUGCCAUAUUUAUGUCCCCUUAAUAAAACAUUGUUAUUUUGCAGACUUGUACUUGUUCUAACAACUUUUCCCUUCCUACUCAAGACUAAUGUACAGAGUUGCUGCUCCAAGUUCAAGUACUCGAAGAAACUCAUCUCAAGUACAUUUUAGUGAACUUUCACCCAUAGAAAUUCCUGAAAUGGUAUCUACUCGAAAAAGCAGAAAAGUGGUGGAAUAUUUCUGGCUUCCGACAGAUGAGGAAUAAUACAUGGAUCAUGUUAUUAAGUCUGCAUCCUGAACUACUACGAAUAUUAUACCUGUGUUACAUGUCAUGAGGGUGAAAAACAUUUAAAUAUUUACCACUGAAAACAAAGCAAUAUUACCUAAAAUGUCAUUGUUUUACUACAUUACUCAACAGCAAUAAAGAAAAAAAAAUGCUGAUCUUGAUUUUUCAGGCUCAGAUCAAGCUUUUACUAUAUAAUAGCACCAUGAGUUAGAGGUAAAUUCAGAAGUGCAUUUAGGGAAUUAGAAUUGCAAGUCAAACCACAGCCACCACUUAUUACUUCUUUGUAAGACACUAUUCCAGUUUAUGCGUUUCACCAAUACUAAAAGAAAUGCACGACACAGUAUUAACUUUGCCAUUGUCUUAAGAUAUAAUUUCCUGCCUUGAAAGCAUACUAAAAUAUGCUUACUUAUUGUACCCAUAUUUAUAUAAAGACAAUAUACAAAGUUAAUGUAUCUUUCAUACCAGCAGGCAUUUACACAUAAUCCAACUAAAAUUGUCAGUUUAAUUUGGGAUUCUACAAAUUCAAAACUACCAACAUGGCAAGAUAGCAGAAUGACCCAACUUCUAUUUUAAAUCAUGCCCCAAUCACACAGCAUCCAGGUUGACAGAUGGUGAAUGUAUUUCUUGCAUUUUAUUAAUUCCACAGCAGCCAGUUACACAUACAAAGGCAAUGGCAAUUGUUUUGUAUAAGGAAAGUAACAGCAUAUGGCUAAGAUUGAAAUGACAGUUCCCCAAAAAGCCUCUUCGAAACCUCACCAGUACUUAGUUCUAAAAGUUUACAUACAAUGUUAACAUUAUUGUACCAAUAAGCAUUAUACAGUAAAAAUGAAAACUGGCUUAGAAUAUAAUUUGUCAUUUCAGCAAUACCAUUAACAGUGUUUAACUAUAUACUGCAGGUGAAGCAAUAGUGGUACACAAUUUUCUCUUUACAAAUACCUGUAACCUACCAUAACACUUUAAAAAGGAUAACAUUUGGAGGUCAAUGUAUAGAUUUAGGUAUAUUAAAAAGCACAUUAAAUUUUGUUAUGUUCAGGGACAACAUCUACCCAAACAUAUUUCAUGAUCUAAAUUACCAAAAAAAUUUAAUUAAAAUGUAGAAAAUAUGCACAGACUUACGUUUACUGGUAGAAUGAUAUCCAGCUACAUCCCUAAGAUGUCAAAUUCAGACAAACCGCUUAUAAAAGAGAACAAAUCAAUACCCAAAUCAGUUAGUCUCGACAGUUAACUUUAUUUCACCAAUUGAGUUAAGACAAGUUUAAAAUUCACUUUAUUAGAUACACAUCUUUCUAGGUCAGAUUAUAAGCUGUCCAUCUGAAUUUAUGGGCAGAUUUAUUUCAGUAGUCCCUGAACAUGCAGUAGGAAAAAAAUAAUAAAAAAUUCAAGUAUCAAUGUUUGAUAGAUACAGGUAUAAAAAAAAUAGCAGGGCAUGUGAACACGACUUGAUAAAUUAAGGAGGCUUAAUUUCCAAUACUAUAACAAAAGGGGUCCAAUGUAAAAGUUGAAUUUCUCACGAACAAAGGUUUCCAUACAUCCACAACAAGCACUUCAGUAAAAUACCCUUAAAUCUCACAUUCUGAUUGUGCAAGUAAACCAGGUUUUCAUUAAAGACUUGUGCACUUGCCCAGGCUUUUUUUGUUUUUAGGACUUGAGGAUAUUCAAACCCAGCACAUAACAAAGCCCAUUACUAGGAGGUAGAAAUACAGG